AUGAAAAAGAAUUUGUUUACUUUAAGAUUUCAUUUACAAAAUGUAAGAUAUUACAGUUUGAAUAAAAAAAAUUUAAUAAAUAUAAAUAAAAUAAUAAAAAAUACUGAUGGAUUUCAUGAAAAAAGAGAAAUGUUUAGAACGAACAACUUUAUUAAUGAAAUUAAGAAAUACAAUAAAAUAGCAAACAAAGAAAAUAUAAUAAAAAAAGAAAAUAUAAUAAACAAAGAAAAUAUAAUAAACAAAGAAAAUCUAGUAAGUAAAGAAAAUCUAGUAAGUACAGAUAGAAUAGAAAGGGAUGAUAAAAUAGAAAAAGUAGAGAAAAUUAAAUUAUUAAGAUUAAAAAAUUUUAAAUUGAUAACAUUCUGUGUAAUUACUACUUUGUUUUUUUAUUUUACGAUCAAAAAAGUACCAGAAGGAUAUGUAUGUUUAGUUGAAAAUAUAAAUGAUAAGAAAGUAUUACCAUAUAUUUAUGAUGAUAAAAUGACAUUUUUUUUUAAUCCUUUAAAAUAUAAAGUAAUUCUUAUGAGAACUGUUCCUAUACAAAAAAAGUAUGUAAAUAUUUAUGAAACUCUAGAUAAAAAAAAAAUUAAAGUAGUAUUAACAGUUAAAAUGAAACCUAAAAUCCCAUUUAUUAUUGAAAUUUACAGUUCUUUUGGUGUAAAUUAUAGCUCAAAAUAUAUCGAAAAGGAAAUGAAUUUAGAUAUUAAAAAUGUUGUAAAAAAAUAUAAAUAUAAUACAUUCUUUGAAGAAGAUUAUACUUCAAAUAAAAACGAAAUAUCAGUUGAUGAUAUAGUUGAUCAGAUAAUGGAGAGGUUCUAUGAUUGUUCAAUUUUUCACAAAGUUAUUCUUUUAGAUGCUACAAUAUUAUUUGAAAAAGUAGAUUAA